CGUCCUCACUUACUCUCUUCUCCUUCUGUCCUUUUUCUCACUUUCUCCUGAAAUCCUUCUCUUCAACACCAUCCCCUUCACAUCCCCAACCACAGUCUGGUCAACACCAUCCCCUUCACAUCCCCAACCAUCGUCUGGUCAACAUCACCACACCUAUACUACGCACAGCACCACCACCACCAACACCUCCACCACCUCACCAGCAUUCUCACCCCUCGAUCUUGACCCCCAUCGUGCCGUCAGCUGCCUUCCCUGCGUGCCUCCAGACCCGCCUCGGUAUCACCAUAUCAAAACCUCGCCUCUCACUUCUCACCUCUCACCUCUCACCAUCCACCACCCGUCUGCUCUGCCCGCAUCUUGGAUCGGCCUGUAGAGUGUGUCCUGCUUUUCCCAUCUGCUGUGAAGAUCACCACUAAACUGCCUCUGGGAGCCCCCUCUCCGACGUGCUUGUCCGUCUCAGUAUCAUUCUCGAGAUCCCCAGUCUCACUCGUCGACAGUCAGACGUCCCCUCUCAUUCCCCCCUAGUUCUACCUCUUACCUGCGACCACCACUAUUACAGACCUUGGGUGGAGGUACAAAUAUUCUGGUGCCCAAAAAAAAAGUCCAGAUCUCCCGGACUCGCCCUGCGCGCGUGCCUCCAAUCAUUGUCCUCGCUUCCACCCACUCACCAGCUCGUCUCCCUCGUUCCAGAGGCACCCAAGACGUCGUCUGAAAGGAAGAAGCCCAAAACAGUGCUUUUUUACACAUAUUAGCAUCGGGUCGUGGGCCACCUCGAUCGCCAGGACCGUGUGCUGCGGCACCACCCUCGACGCCACAGACUCUGGAGUCGCAUAUUCUUAGUCUUUUAAAAUCCCCAGGAAGCCCAUUGCUGUUACUGCUACUGCUACUGCUACUGCUACUGCUAUCUAAUCCCACGCUGGUUGACGUGCUCGUUGACUCGACGACCGACUCAGGACGAACGGUGGGCAUUCCAGUUCCAGGGCAGCUGCUGCGCCGGUCGAACCUCAUCUAGCUCACCCUACCCGCCUGCCAUCUCCCACGGUCCACCCCUCGCACAGAGCAGAAGCACCAGCAGCAAGCAGCAUACUCGAGCAGAGGGGCUCGCAGAUGCUGAGGUGACCAGGUGCAACGGGUACACACAUUUCGGGACGGGAACAGCACGAUAUCGUCUGCCGUCCACGCAUGCUUCCCGAACGUCAACUUGCAAGAAAUAGCAGCAGUACUGAAAACCACCGCUAUACCUACAGCUACAAUACCAGCACUGCUCUCUCCCCGCCUGCCAAACCGACCAUGGAAGCAGUGGAUGGCUCAAGUAGGCAAAGGUCCGUACCCCCCUUUCCCUCGCCAUGCCGUCCUGAGAAGCGGCUUCUCCCUUUACUCCUCCCGAAGAUGGAACUGGCUGACGUCUGCCAAAUAUAGUGGAAUCUUGUCGAUCAUCAACCGUGAACCCCUCGAACGAAGUCAUUCAGAGCGCUCCUAUACUUCAGCACCCUCAAUGGCCGCCACGGCUGUUGUAAGCCCUGUGUCAAUGUAUUCCAGUGGUCCUCCCCCUCCCUACUCAAAUUGGCCAGGACAACCGGGCCACUCGACGGCCGCUCUUGUAUCUCCUCCUGAGCCGCGACGUACAUUAGACAACAAGGCAGAGCCUCCCUCACAUCAAGCACCACCACAAGUCCAUCGACAGUCGCUACCCUCUAUUCACGAAGCCUUGAGGGCUUCUAAACCAAGCUUUCAUACCUCACCUGUGCCAGCGCCACUCCCACUUUCCCAUAACCAACAACCUUAUUCACAAGGACCCUCCAUCCCACGAACAUAUGCACCUUCAGAUCAUACCCCAUACGCCAGUCAACCUCCUCCGCAGCCUAGACACCCCUCUCCGGCACAUUCAAUCCAUCACCAACCAUCGAAUCCUUUUGUGAGACCAGAUCCACCCUCAACUACCUUUUCAGAUACUGCAGCUCGACAUCCUCCAGUACCAAGCUUUCAAGGGCCACCAGUAGCCCAUAAUUCAUAUCCUCCUACUCGUUUCGAGCCACCUCGAUAUGAAAUAGACACAAGAGGAUCAGAACGUGUGCCUAAUGGAUACAAUCACCAUCCACCACCACAUACCCAUGGCCCAGCUCCAGGAGCAUACCCAUAUCAAGCACCUAGCCAUGUUGCGGGGCCACAUGAUCCAUCCUAUAAUCAACCCCGAUACCCACGAGAAGGACGACCGGGUGACGAGGCGUGGAAGGUAGAGGAUGACAGAUCACAUAUGGCACCGGUACCUUUCAAGCAAGGACUCAAGCGAAGGUACCUGGUUUGGGAUUUUGAAAACUAUCUCUCUUCGGUAUGCUAUGCAAGAACACCUGUGGAAGAUGCUAUAAGUCGGAUACUAAUCAAUUGAUAGAUCAAUGUCUCUAGUGGUGCUCUGCAGAGUUGGUCAAAUCACUUUCACACCAUCACUCAAGAGCAACAACCUCGAGAUCCUAAUGGGGUUCCUGAUCGCAUGCCUACGUUGGAAAAUGUGAAUGAGAUGCUUCAACACCAGGAUAAGAUCCGGAUGUAUCUGGAGAGGAUGAGAGAUAUGAUUUCCCAACAGAAUGAGCAUGCAGCAAUGAUGGAUCAACACAUGCGGGAACAUGGAGGCAAAGGUUCUGGCUAUUAUGACAGUGAAAUGAGUGUAUAUGGUGAUGAUUUGAAAAGUCAGGGAUUUGGUCCAGAGAGCAAAAAGAGACGAGGGGUACGUGCAUAUGAAAGGAUCUCGUAGAAUAAACCAAUGUCUAACGAACUGAUAGAGAGCGGCCCCUCCUGGUCGAUGUCAUAGUUGCAACAGAGCCGAAACUCCGGAAUGGAGAAGAGGUCCUGAUGGAGCACGAACUCUUUGCAAUGCAUGUGGUCUACAUUACGCAAAAUUGACUCGCAAGAAUACGAUGAAGCAAUCGCAAAGCUCCACCGGAUCUUCCCUGCGACCCAAAUCCAUGGAUGAUGCCUAGCCAUCGCUAUAGAUUUGUUCAUAUUCGGAAUGUUCACGGCACAUUCAAUGUAUAAUAUUCCAUGUCUGGACUCAACAUGAGAAAUCGUGGGAUUUCUCAGACGAAGGAAGUUGUGCGGGAUUACAGAUGUACCGCAUCAACGCCGAGAGACGGGCAAGUCGAUUGAUUUUGACAUGUUUCAUGCGUCUUUUAGGGCGUAGAGUUUUUUUGGACCUCUUUUAGGGGGUCAUCAUGAGCAUGUUGGGAAAGUGGAGCAUGGCAUAUUCUCCAUCCUACAUCAUCGUCAUCAUUGGCCGAGUUUGAGAAGAGAGAUGGAUCAAGAUUUGACUCUAUCGAUCCACAGGAGGAAAUACAGUACUUUAUUCGCCGUCAGGCGUUUACUUUAUUCGCUUUUAGGCGUUUCGGGGGAAAAAGGGAAAGAUUGCAUUUUAUUCAUGCAGCAUGCAUUGGAGGGCGUUUUUUUGCUGAUGUUAUUUUCCCCAUCAACAGCACAUGGAUUCCAUUCUUGUUUUGAACAUUUUUCUUGGUUUGUUGUUUACUCUUGCAUGUUUUCUGAUUUCUCACUUGCUUUCUAUCGUUUUAUACCUUCAUGAUGAGAUGGGAUAGCGACUUCUUUUUUGCUUUUUUCAGACUAUUUUGGGUGUUCUUCUUUUUUGGGUUUGAUUGUGAAAUGGGAUGGGAUGGGAAUAUGGUAUACAGAACAAUUUUUCUUUUGCUACUUUGACUUGGGUUGGCUUGGCUUUGACCUUGGACCCUGAUUCUUCGUUUUUUUAAAUUCAUCUAUCUUGCUGGGCAGACGGAGGGGAAUUUGAGAUGGAUGAGAUGAGUUGAAGGAAGGGGAUUCAUUGUACUACCCUCUUCGCAUAGGAAGGCGAGUACCAUUUGGGCAUGGUGCGUGAUGUGAUGUGUGCCUACCCGAUGAAUGGACGGGCGGGAGAGGGGGGAUGGGGAGUGAGAAUAGCUUCGCGUAGCUUAGCUCUUCUUCUUCUUCUUCUUUGAAAAUGUUUAGAAAAAG